AUGAAGUGUAGAGCGUAUAUUGGCGUCACCUAUGUCCGUGUUAAAUGUAAAGAUGGUUAUUACAGUAGGCCUACUGAUACAACCUGUAGAGAAUGUAAUUGUAAUGGUGAGAAAUGUAAUAGUCAAACUGGAGAUUGUGGUGGGUGUAGUGAAAAUUGUAUAGACCAGAAAUGCGACGAAUUAGAUAGAUGUACUAUAGGAUGUAAAGAGGGGUUUUAUGGAGAAUUUUGUCAACAACCCUGUAAUAGUAAUUGUAAUGGUAAUAAAUGUGAUGGUAAUGGUUAUUGUAAUGAUGGUUGUAUUCCUGGUUUUCAUGGUGAAAUGUGUGAUCGAAGAUGUCCAGUAAACUGUAGAGAUAGUAAAUGUUAUAUCAAUGGAACAUGUAUAGGGUAUAAUACAGGAUACUAUGGUGAUAUAUGUGGUAAAUCUUGUAAAGGAUGUAUCAAUGAUCAAUGUGAUACCAGUAAUGGUGACUGUAUUUAUGAUGGUUGUAAAGAAGGAUACUGGGGAGAUGAUAAAAGAUGUAAUACACCUUGUUCUACUACAUGUUUAAAAAGUAAAUGUAAUAAUAAUAAUGGUGAUUGUAAUGAAGGAUGUGUGACAGGGUAUUAUAGCUCUAAUUGUAAUAGUAGAUGUAAUGGAAGAUGUCGAAAUGGAUGUAAUCAAGAUAAAGGACAUUGUACAAGUUGUGUAGAAAGACAGUAUGGUAAGAAAUGUGGUAAAUCCUGUUGUUUUAGAGGAUGUGACCAAACUAGUGGUAUUUGUAAUCACUGUAUGGUAGGAUAUUAUGGUGAUUACUGUAAUAUUACAUGUAGUGAAGGCUGUACAACAAGAGAAUGUAAUCAAGAUGGAAGCUGUACAUGUAAUAAUAUGUAUCAUGGUGCACGGUGUACAGAUAGAUGUAGUAGUAACUGUUUAGAUGGAAGAUGUGAUGUUUCACAAUCUGGACUAACUUGUACCACUGGUUGUAUAGAUGGUUAUAAAGGUAAUUACUGUCAGGAUACCUGUCUAUAUAACUGUAUUAGUUGUAAUAAUAAUCAAUGUACAAGUUGUAAGACAGGAUGGUAUGGUAAUCAAUGUCAAACUAAGUGUAAUAGUAAUUGUAUCAAUAAAUGUAAUCAAGAUACAGGAAGAUGUGAUGAAUGUAAAGUAGGAACAUUUGGUGAUACAUGUAGUAAAGUUUGUAGUACUGGAUGUGUAUCAAAUGGUUGUAUUGAGGGUAAAUAUGGUAGUCAAUGUAAUAUGAUCUGUAAUAGUAAUUGUAAUGGUGGAUGUGAUAAACAGAAUGGUAGAUGUAUCAACUGUAAAACUGGAUAUUAUGGAGAAUCAUGUGAUGAUCAUUGUAACCAGAAUUGUAACCAGUGUAGACGAUCUGAUGGAUUUUGUGAAUCGUGUAUUGAAGGUUACUAUGGUAACAAUUGUAAUCAAAUCUGCAGUAAAAAUUGUAAAUGUAAUAAGAUUUCUGGUAAAUGUAAUAAGAUUUCUGGUAAAUGUAAUAAAUGUUUAAAUGGUUUCUAUGGUGAUAACUGUAAUAAGAACUGUAGUAAGAAUUGUAAUGGUGGUUGCAAUCAGUCAUGGGGAAUAUGUACUGACUGUGUUCUGGGGUUUUAUGGUAGCCGAUGUGAAGACCAAUGUAAUCUGAACUGUGAAGGAGGAUGUUUUAUGUAUAAUGGUAACUGUAAACAGUGUAAGACAGGAUAUUAUAGUAAUACAUGCGAUAAAAACUGUAGUAUAAAUUGUGAAGGUGGUUGUAGUCAAAGUACUGGUGACUGUAAGAAUUGUAUUGAUGGUUUCUAUGGUAAACAAUGCCACUGGAAUUGUUCUAAAGGCUGUCUGAAUUCUGUAUGUUCAAGAGAUGGUAGUAGAUGUUCAGAUGGGUGUGUUGAAGGAAAGAGAGGUAAAACAUGUUCAGUUGAUUGUAAACAAAACUGUAGAUCAUGUGAUCAGUUUAGUUAUUAUACAUGUAAAGAAUGUAACGACGGUUGGUAUGAAUCAGAUUGUAAUAAAAGAUGUCCUUUAAACUGUAUCAAAUGUAAUCAACAAACUGGUGAUUGUUUAGGAUGCAAAAGUGGUAAACAUGGCGAUUUAUGUCAAAAUAACUGUAGCUAUAACUGUAAACAACCAGAGAGUGGUAAUGAUACUGAUAUUUGUGAACAGAAAACAGGAAGAUGUACUGAAGGAUGUCAGGCUGGAUAUCAAGGAAAUAACUGUACUGAAGUUUUAGAAUCCACAUCGCCUUUCCAGACUAAAGAGAAAGUAUACUUCAUAACAACUAUUGGUAUAUUGAGUUGUAUUAAUAUAAUAUUGAUAGCAGACAACGUAUGUCGCUGUAUUUAUUACAGAAAAUCCACUCUUAAGAAGACUGUAAAUAUUGAAACCACUGGUCAAGAAUCAUCUUACAUUAAUCAAGAUUAUAAUCCAGAGGAAGCUAAUGUGUAUUAUGAGAUACUGGAUAACAGAGCACCACAACCGGAGUAUGAAGCAUUGCACUCAGAUGAAAUGAAUGUACAACCCAUGACCGAUGAAAGUAACAUUUAG